GUGGAAAUCGCCAUUGAAAACUUUCGCUGUGCUAAUCCUUAGCGAGGAACCGUCGUCGUCGGAAGUCGUCGGGGUUCGGAACGAUUUUUUCCGGAGAUUUCGAGCUGUUUCACGGAACCGGGUUCGAUCCGAGUGUGCGUGUGAUACGGCGGACGAGUGGGUCCUUACAAACAGGAGUUUCCAAAUUGGCCCCAUAUUGUGGAAGUUUGGAAUAGAAGGAGCCCCACUUUUGGACGGGAUUUGGCAGACAAAGUUAAGAGGAAAAAAGAAAAGUGCACAAUACACAUAGGCAAGGCUAGAGAGUCAAAAAGGAGGACUCUGCCCCUGUCAUCAUCGGCUCUCCGACGACGGUUCUACUGCUCGCGUAUACGGAGGAAUAUUGAUUUUUCAAAUAAGGUGGAGAAUUCAAGACGGUUUCGGUCCGACACACGAGAGCUUGGAGUUUCUUGGGGAAAGGAUUUAAAGUGUUUUAAAUUCCCGAUGCCACCAUGAUGGAAGUGCCAGGAUUCGGUGGUGAUUAGGCGCCCAUGGCCAACUGAGUGCUGAAAAAAAAACGUCUCGACUAGGGUGGCUACGGUCAGAAGAAAGAGACAAGUGCAGUCAAUAGUUUAGAAGGAAAAAGUCGCGUAACUGGUUUCAACAAAAAAAAAAAAGUCAAGUUCAGACCGCCUGAGCAAAGCAAAAAAGCAUCCGAAAAAUGAGCCGAGAGGUCCAAAAGGAGAACAGCACUCCGUCGACGAACGAGGCGCACCAAUAUGUGGGCCCUUAUCGUCUGGAACGAACGCUGGGGAAAGGCCAAACUGGGCUGGUCAAAUUGGGAGUGCACUGUGUCACCGCGAAGAAAGUGGCAAUUAAAAUUAUCAACCGCGAGAAGCUCAGUGAAUCCGUGCUGAUGAAAGUGGAACGAGAAAUAGCUAUAAUGAAACUAAUUGACCACCCACACGUCCUUGGCCUGACGGAUGUGUAUGAAAAUCGGAAAUAUUUAUAUCUGGUGCUGGAGCACGUUUCCGGCGGCGAGCUGUUCGACUAUCUGGUGAAAAAGGGCCGACUCACGCCAAAGGAGGCACGGAAGUUCUUUCGGCAAAUCAUCUCCGCGCUGGAUUUCUGCCACUCGCAUUCAAUAUGCCAUCGAGAUCUGAAGCCGGAGAAUCUGCUGCUGGACGACAAGAACAACAUCAAAAUCGCCGACUUUGGGAUGGCUUCGCUGCAGCCGGCCGGAUCUAUGCUGGAAACGUCCUGCGGGUCGCCGCAUUACGCCUGCCCGGAAGUGAUUCGGGGCGAAAAGUACGACGGUCGCCGCGCCGACGUGUGGUCCUGCGGCGUCAUCCUGUACGCGCUGCUCGUCGGCGCCCUGCCCUUCGACGACGACAACCUGCGCCAGCUGCUCGAGAAGGUAAAGCGGGGGGUGUUUCACAUCCCACACUUUGUCCCACCCGACUGCCAGAGCCUGCUCAAGGGCAUGAUCGAGGUGAACCCGGAGAAGCGACUGACGCUUUCCGAGAUCAACAAGCACCCCUGGGUAACCGCUGGCGGCAAGGGGGAGCUCGAGCUCGAACUGCCCAUGAUGGAGGUCGUCCAAACGCACGUGAUUCCGACGGCCUCGGCCGUGGACACGGAUGUGCUCAACGCAAUAUGCUCGCUCGGUUGUUUUAAGGAGAAGGACAAGCUGAUCCAGGAGCUGCUGAGUCCCAAUCACAACACCGAAAAGGUGAUCUACUUCCUGCUGCUGGAACGGAAACGACGACGUCCGGCGGUUGAGGAUGACGAAGACGUGCUCCGUCCCCGGAACGACAUAAUCGAGAUUGCCGAUCCACCCCGGAAACGACUGGACACGUGUCGGCUCAACGGUAGCAGUAGUCUUUCGUACGGCCAGAUCAGCGAGGGUUCCCCGUUGACGUCCAGGCGGCAAACGUUCAAUAACGGUAGCCGUAGCCACAGUAGCACGAGGAGGUCGCCCUCGUCCGUGCCACUGUCCCGUAGCUCAUAUCAAAGUCCAACCCGAGGCGUCGUAGUCAACUCGGGUGCACCACUGUCACAACUCCACCCUCCAUCGUCACCAAACUCGGUAGUGAAUAGACAUGCCAACUACACUAGCAGUAGCCGGGACCGAAAGUCGCAGAUCAUCGAUCCAUCGUCGCCGGUGCACCACAGAGCCAACUCCGGUCCGGCGAUAACCGUUGGACUGUUUUCCGAGACGGACUCCAACAACAUGACAUCCUCGAUCAACGCAAUCCCCGGAUCGCCGAUUCUCGGCAGUCCACAGCUGGCCGGGGUCACCACCGGCAGUCAACUGUGGAAGACGCGGCUGACCAACAUCAAGAAUAGCUUUCUGGGCAGUCCCAAGUUCCACCGGAGGAAACUGCAGAUAUCCAAUGAAGAAGUGCAUCUUACGCCGGAAUCGUCGCCCGAGCUGACGAAAAAGUCCUGGUUCGGUAACUUGAUGACCACGGAAAAGGACGAAACUUUUACCGUACUCGUCAAGGGGAAACCCUUGGCGACGGUCAAAGCUCAUCUCAUCCAUGCCUUUUUGUCGAUGACCGAGUUAUCGCACAGCGUCCUCUCGCCGAUGUCGUUCCGCGUGGAGUACAAACGCGGCGGCACCGGGCCGACCAUGUUCCAGCGGCACGUCCGCAUCCAGGUGGACAUCAACACGAUCUGCAAGCAGGGCGACGUGAACGAUAUGCUGUUUGCCAUUACGUUCACCCUGAUUUCGGGCAACAUUCGGCGCUUCCGGCGGAUCUGCGAGCACAUCCAGGCGCAGGUCUGCUCCAAGCGGUACCCGGCGGCGAUGGCCAGCCCGACGAACCAGGCCCAGCGGGACAGGGAACGCGAGCGGGAGCGGGAGCAGCACAACAACAAGGUUUCCACGACGUCCGUCGCCGAGAGCAUAUCGUGCGGGUCGGACUCGAGCGAUCGGGUCAACUACAACAAGCACGAAUCGGACAUCGAGCCGGAGACGUUCUACGACAACUCCAGCAUCGGCAAGGCACGGCGCUCUUCGGCAACGUCCUCCAACAAGAAUUCAGUGUCGUCCGACGAGAUUGAGAUCAAGACCGUGCGAUCGAGCUCCGAAUCGACGGAACGGGAACGCGAACGCAGCAACGAGCGGACGGCGGCAAUGUCCGGUAGUGCGCUAGUAUGAGAGUUAUUUCUCUGAUAGGAUUUACCGAACACCUUUCCCGUCGACGGUGACGAUUCGGUUGAGUCCCAGUCCAAGUUUGUGUCCCCUCGGCGCAUCCGGGGUGGAUCGCAACGUGCCAGAACCUCGUCACCGGCGGUGGUGGCGGCAGAUGCAGAAACUCUUACGCUAUCCGUAUCUACUGCUAGUACUGAUCUUAUUGCUCCUACCAGCGAUUCCACGCACCCUGUCAAACCUGGCGCAGCGAGUGUUGAAGCCGCGGGAACGACGACGACGACAACCCCGUAGGAACGAUCCGCUGCGUCCGGUGCGGCGACCGUCAUCUAGUCAUACCAGAUAUACUACCGCGGGCGAGCAGCGACCUAGUCAAGUGAGGGCAAGAACUAACCGAUAAGGCUUAUUUUUUUCGUAAAAGAAAUACCAAAACGAGACAGCUAUACAUACUAAGCAUAACUAGCAAAGGAAAAACAAAACACACUAUUAUUAGCUAUUAUAUAAACCAGAAAGAGGAAAAACACAUCACAUUAUGAUUUGAGCGACUUAAUGAACCUAAAUCCGUUCCACGAUAAUAUGAUACACACCCUAAACAGUAGAAAAUCCCCUCCACGAAAUCAAUCACAGGAAAAAAGAAGAACCCCCGAGCGGAAUUGAUAAGACGAACGCAAAUGAUGAUCUCCCAAAAGUGAACACUGAACUAUCAGUCAAUUUGGCUUCAAAGCAGAACAGAACGCCGUUCGAAACGUUGUUGAAAAUCGAACUAUAGAAAUCUAAGACACACACUUUUUCAGCGCAAGAUCAAAAAUAAAAACCGAAAAUUCAAGACUAGAGUGAACCAAAAAAUUACUAAACAUAAAACAGGGUUUGGCUUGGUUUGGGUUUACCGAUGUAGAGAUCAGCAGCAGCAGCAGCAGCAGUUAGUAUUGCGAGUGUGAGAAUUGGAAGCAGAAUUAGCAGGAGCAAUCCGGGCUUAGGAAGGAUCUAGUUGAAAUUUCCUUUUUUUAAGAUUUACCCUAAAACAAUACUAGCCAAUUAAUGAAAUGAAAGAGAAAAACAAUGAUACUCACACUUUAUCACGUAAACACACUCACACACAAACACACGCGUGAAAUCGUGCAAAAAGCCAUUCGCCUACUUUGUGAAGAAACAGAAAGAAAGUGGUAGUCCGGCUUAUUAACCUUCAUUGUCAUGCACAGUAGAAAAAGUGUAAGUUAGGCAAGUUGAAAAUUUAAAAGUGUAAAUUGAUUUUUUUGUACGAAAUUUUAACUGAAUUAAUGUAAAAAAUAAAUUUCAACAAAAAUUUAAUUUACAAUAUUUUGAGGUUAUAAAAAUACACUAACAACUAAUACUUUCAGCGAAGGUGAUGUUGACUUUUUUCCUGUUGAAAAUUGUAUUUUCACACAUGAAUUUAUGUAAAAUUUACAACACGAAGACAAUUUACAUCUUAAAAUUAUUCAAAUUGUAAUUCUACACUUUUUUUCACCGUGUUGUUUGAAUCAUAGAGAGAGGGCACUGAGAGUGUGGGAAGGCUGAAAACAUGAUCGUAGCUAGCUUUGGAAUCGAACGUGCCACGCACACUCAUACGCAUUUGAGAUAUUAGAAACAAUGGUCGAACUGGGAAUGUUAAAUUUUGGAUCAAUAUGAGACUUAUGCAAAAGUUUCCCAAAGUUGAUCAAAAUUUGAUAAACUCAGUUAGACCAACACACAUAGCCGCAUACACUAUUAAAUAUUUAAAUAGGAAAAGUAUAGAACAAACCAAAACAGAGACACACACAUACUCGUUCACACGCGCGUACACACAAACGGAAACAAUAGUCAAACAAGGCUACUUUUAGAACAAGCAAAAACAAAACCAACGUUGUUAAGCAGUAACUUUAUCGCCGAUUAUUUUAUCGACGAAAAUUAAUGAUAACUUAUUUCAAUUAGCUUUUGAAACUGAACUUCUGCAAACAACAUGUUUUUGUAGCAAGUACUCUGAAAUUUAGCAAAAUAUGUUGUAUGGAUUUUCAAUUUUGGAUGGAUUUUCUAUUUACUAGAGUUUUUGCUGUAAAACAUGAACAUUUUAACUUCAAUUACCAUUUUUAUUUAAAUUGCAGUCAUUUUGAAAAAUAUAAAAUUUUCACAAAAUACAGUUUUUUUUACAAAAUACUUAAAUUUUUCCAAAAUAUU